UAGCCAGGUGAACAACGUGAAGCGGCGCAAGCGAGAGAGACACACAAAGCGAAACGAACCGAAGUGAAGCAUUAGCCGAAGCGUAAAAGCCGAAAACGUAACCUCCGUCGUGUCCAACGCAUUUUUGUUGUUAUCUUUUUUUUCGUGUGCGAGUUCGUCGUGUUAGUGUUUGUGUGUGUCUGUAUGUCUGUGCAGCCUCCGCAACAUGCGUCCGGCCCCCAGCCACCCCCAGUGGUGAGUUUUCCAAGCAGCGCAGCAGCAGAACAGCAGCAGCAGCAGGAUACUGCCGCCAAGGAAGCGACAGCAGAGAACAGAGCAGCGCCGAAGGUUGACCGAGUUGGAAGAGAGCCCCGGCUGUUGUACAAAAAACUGAACGAAAGAGAGCGAGGAGCGUAAGUGGUGCUGGCUGGCUGGUGGCUGCCCCAAUAAGAGACAUUUCGUAGAGCGCGCGGGCAGCUGUUGCAUGUUGCAUGCGGCCGCCGCUGCUGCCAGACUCAGUGACGCCUGCCGAUCCAAACCGAUCAAUCGCGUGUGCCGCGCUAUAACCGUUGUAUUUUUUUUUCUGUUUGUGUGUGUGUGCUGAUCCUCGCGAGUGACCAAGAGAAACACAACCGAACGAAGAGCCUUUGAGCCGCAGCAAGAGAGAUAAAGUGUGUGAGAGAGAGAGAGUGAAAAGAACACGCUAUGGAGCUUUUGGUGCUCUUCCUGGCCUUGGCCCCCCUCUGCAUCUCCGGCGGGAUUGCCCCGAACGAUCCGUGCUACUUCGAGGGGAAACCCCGCAAGUGUCUGCCAAGCUUCGUGAAUGCCGCCUACGGCAAUCCCGUUCAGGCCUCCAGCAUCUGCGGCGGCCAGCGGCCGGAGCGCUACUGCGAACUUCAGCGUGAUGGUUCGCUGGGGGAAUGCCGGGUGUGCGACAGGCAUACCGCAGGUAUUGGCGCCUCCGCUCUGACGGACUUGAACAACCCCAGCAACGUGACCUGCUGGCGUUCGGCGGGCGUCAAUGUGCCCCACGAUCCGGACACAGCGCCACCGGACAAUGUGACCUUGACCCUGUCGCUGGGCAAGAAAUACGAGCUCACGUACAUCUCUCUGUCGUUCUGCCCCCGUGCGGCACGACCAGACUCGCUGGCGAUCUUUAAGAGCUCCGACUUCGGCCAGACCUGGCAGCCCUUCCAGUUCUACAGCUCCCAGUGCCAGAAGUUCUACGGGCGACCGGAUCGCGCCAAAAUCUCCAAGUUCAACGAACAGGAGGCACGUUGCAUCAACUCGCAGCAUGACAUUGGUGGCGCCGCCCAGAGGUUCGCCUUCAAUACGCUGGAGGGCAGGCCGUCGGCCAACGACUUGGACUCGUCCCUGGUACUGCAGGAUUGGGUGACGGCCACCGACAUUCGCGUGGUGUUCCACCGCCUAGAACUGCCGCCGCAGCUGCUGCUGCAGAAGGAGCGCAAUGCGAAUAGCUUCAGCGACGAGAUGAGCGCCAGCCAGGAGGCUGAACUAGAGCUGGAUGAGCACGAGGACGACUACGACUACAAUCUGCAGGACAACGACAGCGCCGGCUAUGAUGAGGAGUACGAGGAGCCCAAGAAGCAUCUCGAGUUGGACGAUGAUCUCCAUUUGGACUAUGCUGCCGACAGUGGCAGCGAUGGCCCAAGCGGCAAGCGGCACUCGAAGCAGCACAAGGGAGGCAGCAGCGCCUACGAGAAGCAUUACCAAACGAAACUUGCCACAGCGGCGGCCGCCGCGUCUGCUACAACCCCCAGUCCCCAGGUGAAGGCUGCUGCCGCAGCCUCCGCGACUGGCACAGCGCCACCGCCAGCGGAGCUGCCACUGCCACCCAUCACGCAGCACUAUGCUGUGUCGGACUUUGCCGUCGGUGGUCGUUGCAAGUGCAACGGUCAUGCCUCCGAGUGUGUGGCAACCAUUGGUUCUGCGGUCUCCACCUCCGAUCCGGAUGAUGGCCAGGACGAUGAUGCCCCAUCGGCAGGAGCAGCAGCAGGAGGUGCACUCUCCCACGGACACUUUGGACGCACUGCAUCCGGACUGCAGCUGCAAUUGCAGGGGCACAUGAGCUCCAAGCUGACGAUGACAUGCGCCUGUAAGCACAACACCGCCGGCGAUGAGUGCGAGCGUUGCAAGCCCUUCUACUUUGAUCGCCCCUGGGGCCGUGCCACCGACAAUGAUGCCAACGAAUGUAAAAUGUGUCAGUGCAAUGGACACGCCCGUCGCUGUCGCUUCAAUCUGGAGCUCUACAAGCUGUCCGGUCGGGUGUCCGGAGGCGUGUGCUACAACUGUCAACAUGAUACGACAGGACGGUAUUGUCACUAUUGCCGCGAGGGUUACUAUCGGGAUGCCACCAAGCCGCCAAAUCAUCGCAAAGUCUGCAAGCGUUGCGACUGCCAUCCAGUGGGAUCCACGGGCAAGACCUGCAAUCAUCUGAGUGGACAGUGCCCCUGCAAGGAGGGUGUCACCGGUCUGACCUGCAACCGCUGUGCACGCGGCUACCAACAGACGCGCUCCCAUGUGGCGCCCUGCAUCAAAGUGCCCACCAACGCGAACAUGAUUCAGGCCGAGAGUGCUGGCGGAGGCGGUGGCGGUGCUGGCAAUGGCGACUACAAGGAGGGCGGCGGCUCCCAGGCCGAGGAAAUGAAGAAGUACUGUGGCAAGUGCAAGGCCAGUCCCAAGAAGCUCAAUCUAAACAAGUUUUGUAUGGAAGAUUAUGCCAUUUUGGCCAAGGUCAUUGGCCACGAUCGCGCCUCGCAGGACAUAAGCACUGAAAAGUUCUCGAUCGAGCGACAGAAUGAAAUCUACAAAUACGAAAUCAAUAUACAGACGAUCUUCAAGCGGAAUCCCAUGUCGGGCACGACCAGCUCCCUGCUCGGUCGUGGCAAUAUGAUGCUGCUGGUGCCGCGCAAGAGCAUCGAGUGCCAGUGUCCCAAAAUCAAACUGAAUAAAUCAUAUCUUAUACUUGGACGUGACUCGGAGGCAGCGCCUGGAUAUCUGGCCAUCGGUCCCAGCUCUGUGGUGUUGGAGUGGAAGGACGAGUGGUCGCUGCGCAUGAAGCGCUUCCAGCGGCGGGCCCGCAAAUGCAGUUGAAUCGAACCGGAAACGGAAUAUGUCAGAGCGGAUUUCAAUUUCAUACACUUGGCUAGGUAUCGGUUUUUGUAUAAAUUGUACAGUUUACUCAAGUUUCUGACCUUCUUCGGCAUCAUGCUAUAAAUUAAUCAAAACUCAAAACUUAAAACUCAAACUCAAAUCUGCCCCCAAGAAGUA